UCGUCGGUCGUGUAUACAGCCGCUCCGUUCUCUCCUUGCGUCGCGCCGUCGCGUUACGCGAUUUCGCACGUCCCGUCUCACAAAUACGAAACGCCCGCAACAGUCGCGCGUCGCGACGCGACAGGUUCGCGCGUGUCUCCGAGUCUGGUGCCGGGUGUAUGUAUAUAUAUAUACCGCGUAUCGUGUGAAACUUUUUGUGUCCAACUUCAAGAGGAGUCCCUCUUUUCGGAGUAACGCCGGAGCAGCGGCCUAGGCGAGGGACGAGGACGAAGGAAGGACGAAGGAUCUUCGCCUCGCCGGACAUCAGAAAGGACAUCAUCGCUGCGCCGAGAUUCACUCCGUUUUCGAGAUAAUCGGCGCGUGUACGAGAACCACGACUUGACAUGCCACGCCUUCUGUGAGAGCAGCGGGACGAUGUCGACGAGCGCCGCCCUCGGAGGCGGUGGCGGAGGCGUUGGCGGUGCCCUGAGCCUGAUGGGCUGCGUGAGAGAGGCCUCGCCGCCACCUCAGAAUCAUCAUCAGCACCACCAUCAUCAGCACCAUCGCGCGUUCGGCCUCGGCGAGUUCCCGGCGACCCAGCACAGCGUCGACCCUCUGCCCAAAGAACCAAAGAAGCGCCGUUUUCAUCCUCUGCGCGGUCUCCGCAAGAUCUUCCGGCGGAAGAGCCGCGGCGCCGCCGAUGCGCGUUCCGUCUCCAAUUCCGCCGAUCGGGAUGCCGAAUUGGCGCGCCUCCCGCGGGAGGAGAUCACGAUGAGGCAUCCUGCGGGACGUCCCGAGGAAGCCCGCAGCAGGAGCGCCAGCGAGCUCCUCACCGACUCCUGCGAUCGAGAAAGCGUAUUCCUCCGACGAGGCGGGGUGGAGGAUAGUUUCGUCAAGUUACGAGGAGGCGCCGGCAAAUUAUCAGUGUCGCACGAUAGCGUUUUCCCGGGAGAAGUUCCUCACACUCGGCCUCUCUCCUCGCUGGCCAGCCUGGCGACGCUCGAGCGGAGGCAGGCCAGGAAGAGUAACGAGAUCAUCGAGCACAAGGAGUACAAUCACCAUCACGUCGCACAAAGGCACCGGAUAUCCCUUCGGGUACUCGAGCAAAUAAAAACGGUCAUAGAGAACCGGAACCAGCUGGCCUCGGCGACCUCGCCGGAUACGGCAUGUAUAGCGCACGCGGCCGGCGAGCGGUAUCAGCAGGAAACCACCGAGAACCGCUUCGCCGUAUUCGAGAGACAUGGGGAGAGGAGCGGCGGCGCGGAGGAGAGCCAGCAGGGGAAGAUUACGAGAUCAACGAAAGACUCGCUUGAUCGGAUCGUUCCGGUGGUCAAGGAAGAUUUACCGGAGCUAGAAAGCGCGAGUCUGAGCCACACUGCGGCGCAUCACCGGAUCUCCGUGCGUCCGAAGAACCGGCGUCCACCGCGUCGCACGACGGCACCGACAUCGCCCAAUGGUGCCGCACCCAGUUCGCCGUCGAUACCACCGACCAUCGCCGAGGACACUCUGGACAGUUUGGAUUUGCAACAGGAGCAACAGCAACAGCAGCAGCAGCAGCCUCAAUCAACCAGCAAUGCGUCGUCACCGACGGAACCGCCCAGAGCCAUUGGCGUGACCAGGAAGUCGUCGAGCCGACUGUCCCGCAACUCCGACAUCUUCGAAGAGCGGGAGUCGAGACUACCGCGAAAACCGAGCGCCACGUCGCUGUCGCCGGAUAGUCUGGACGCUACCACAGCGUCGCGAAACAGCGCCGAGAUGACCGCUGCUACUGCCGAGGAACAUCAGGCGGAAGUCCGAUGGAUGCCGGUCGCCAGGAGGCCGUCCAACCGUAUAUCCAAGGGCUCCGACGUGUUUGAGGAGCUGGAAGCGAAACUGCCGCGCAGGAGAUCUUCGUCGAAUCGAUUGUCCAAGUCGCCCGACAGCCUGGACUCGUCGCCCGGCUGUUGGUUCUCCAAAUCCACCGAGGAGGGCUUCGACAAGCUGAUGGAGUACGAGGAGACCGCGAAACCGGUAGCUGCGGUCAGGCGACUGCUGAAUCCGAUCUCGAAGUCCACCGAUCGCGUCUCCAAGUCGUCGGACAGCUUAGAAGCGAUCGAGCCGUUGGCCAGCGACGAUUCCAUGGAGCGACGACGAAGUAGCUUCGACUUCCGAGCGCGCAGAGGUUCGAAGGCGAUGUCCAAGUCGUCGGAGAGCUUCGACCUGCUCGAGCAGAGCGUCGGCGAGGAGAUCGGCCAAGAGCUGCAGAAGAGAAGCAGCGUGUCCGACAUCAAUUUGUCGCGCGGAAGGAGGCUGUCGAAGAGCAUCUCCAAGUCGUCCGAGAACUUCGACAGGAUCGACGACAUGAGCGACGUGAAGGACGACGUCGAGGCGGAAGUGAUACUGGACGACGACGCGCCGAAGAUGGGCGGCAGACGAUCCAGCAAGAGAAUGUCCUCGGAGAGCUCGGAUAAUUUGGACGUGGAGGACAGGCUGGAGAACAGGAGGGUCAGAAGGACGCCUAAAAGAAUACCAAGCACCAGCAUAGUGGACGUUGUAGUGUCUGCAGAGGAUCACGAGGGAGAGAAGCGACCGACUCCUACCAGAAAGCCGUCGAGGCUCCAGAAAUCCUCUGAAAGCUCGGAGCUCGGUAGCACCGAUACCCUGGAUUCGGAGAGGAGGAACAAGUCGUCGGAGAGCACCGAGACGCUGGAUAGUCUCGAGAAAGAUUUGGAGCAGGACAGGAAGGAAGAGGAGAUCACAGACAGCGUGAUAGAUAGGCGUGAAAAAAAUGAUUCUUGGUCCAGCCGAAACGUACCGAUGACCGAUUCCGAUCAGACGUCGAUGGGAGACGACACCGAGGACUCGAAGUCGCUCAUUUCCGCCGACAAUAAGUGCUACUGGCGCCAGUCUUCUGAGCCAGUGUCCAAGGAGAACUUGGGCACUGUCCAACAGUUGUUGGCCAUCACGAUAAUGACCAGGGUUGCCGACAACGGGAACAAUCAACGCGGCUCCGUUAUCUAUCCGAGGAAGAAGCCGAUGAGCACGUCGCAGCCGUCGUCGCCGGUGGCCAAGCAGGAGGACACGAAGAUGCUUUUCGACAAUCUGCUAGUGAGCAAUAAGAACGACGAGGAUCUGCAGAACAUGCUCAACGGGAACAUAUCGGAGGUGUCCACCGAUACCAAGAGCUUCAAGGAGAAGCUGAUCAUGUUCGAGAAACUUGGAAAAUGAACGCGCGCGCCGCGACAGAAUGAUAUGGAAUCGCGAUUCUGUUUCGAUUAGCGGAUCGCUUCGUUAGCGAUCGGUGCUUAAUGCGGGAAGAGAAGACACGGGAAACGCGAGAAGAGAUAAACGGUCUCGUUUAGCGCUUGAUAAAUACGCAUGUUGUAGGACUAGUGUUCUCGCUUGGAUCAUAAACGAAUUAAAAAAAAAAAACAAAAGAAAUCGAGAAUUAUCGAGAUCGCAGAUAAUUAUUUUUCAUAGAGGACUGACUCCUUUUGGUCGUCCACAGAACUGUGGAUUCGAUAUAAUGGAAAAUCGAUUCAACGAGUAAUCGUACGAGUAAAAAUAAUGUGAAUCAGAAAAUAUUAUUUUAAAUAUACAUAUAUAUAUAUAUAUUUAGAGAAGAGAUAUGUAAAAAUUUUUCAAGUACCAAAAUGACUGAAUUUGGUAUUCAGAUCAUUUUUGAAUAAUUUGCAGGCAUGUUUGCAUAUCGAUUAAUCAAAAUGUAAUCACAAAUCUCUAACUUUGAAAAUCGAAAAGAGCGAAUGAGUUCACGUUGAUAAUAGCCUCGGCUGUGCUUCGUCGUCGGUGCGUUUAUUGGGAAAAAUCAGUCGGCGCGACGGAAGAUUUUUCAACUCUCGCGUGUUCGUGUGUUCUUUUUUUUUUACACGACUGAAAACUCCGACACACACUUGAGAUUAUAUACCUGAUCGUGCACGAUGCGCUCAUCAUCACGGAAACGCAUUCGCGGAUGCGCGUACAUUCUCGUAGAGAGCUUUAUAUCACUCGCAGAUAGUUGUACAGUAGUCGUAGCAAAGAUGUGAUCCUUUCGGCGUGAUGCAUUUAUAAAUACCGUGUAUUAUCCUGUAUCGUGUAAAUACGAAAGGAAUAUAGGAAAGUUAUCACUUUAAUGAUUUUGAAGAAAAAAAAAAAUAUAUAUAUAUAAAUAUGUGUUUGUCACACACCAUAGUAUUAACAUUGAUAAAUGUAGAAGAGACACACGAGGUGUAAGCAGUACGACGGUCUACGAAAUGUUACGUGUGCAAUUGUAUAUUUUCGACACGCUCUCGGAAAAACUCCGUUUAUUCUAUACAGAAAACGUAUUAAAUCUCCCACACGAGUUUCCCAUAGGCUGCCUACAUGUGAAAUGUGUAAUAUCAGAAUUACGCUAAAACGAGCCUACAAUUCCUCGUCGAUGUAAUUACCAAAUGAACGUAUCACCAAGUGAUACUUGUACCUUGUCUCGAUUUAAUUGAACGCCUAUAGGAGACUGUUAAAAGGAAAAACGUGAAAUAAAAAGGAAAAUUGUCGAUAGUCAGCGCGAUCACAAUUCCGUUUUUCUUGCUGACCCAGGAGGCGUGGAAAAAGGCUGUACAGAGCAUAUCGUCUUAAUAAUCGUCGAAUUUCGCGAGGGAGAAAUGAUUUUUUGUAGCCUUUCAAGUGCCUUACCGCGAACCAAUCGAGCAACUGACAUACGAUUAUUAGAAUAUGCGGGAGAUAUCAAAUCCUCCUCUCUCCCCCCCCCCCCUUAAUUUAGUUAUUCAGAUGAUGAACGUACGUUUCGGAUCCCGAAAGAUGCAGAGAUCGUCUCUUAUUGUGUUAGAAUUAAAAUAGAGAAAACUGGAUUUAACCACCACGUCACUGUAAUAUUAUGUAAUAAUAUACAGAAUAACAAGAGAAAUUCUACACACACAGACAUACAUACACGCGCGCAUUUACACUCGACAGAUUUUUCUUUCCAUUGAUGUAAAUAAAGCUGCCAUCGCAAAUCCGA